AUGAGGGCUCAUGUCGACGCCGUGCUGGAUAUCUACAGCCGCUCGCCUACCUUCUCUCGUCAGUUGCAAGGGAUGCAGAGAUUCAUGGAGUUCAUGACUACACGGCUACCGGAUUCCAAUAUUUUCACUCCGACGAAUAGACCGCAAACUGGCAUUCAAAAUACAGAUGACAUGGCCUGGGAUUGGUUUCUAAAAGCCCUUACUGAGAUGGGAAGUGAGUCAGAGGAUGCGGCAAGGUUACAUGAACAGGUUCUCCAGCUACGAGCAGAAGGCAUCACACCGGUAGAAAUGGAUAAGGAAACACACGAAAAAUUGGGUCAAGGGUUUCUAAAAUCACACAGUAUUGGUCUUCAAGGAACGGUGAAGAAAUUCAACGAGAUUUUCGAGCUACGCCAACAAAUAACCAGCGCAACCGAGGCUCGUGACUGGGACAAAUGCCUCAUACUCAACGACCGUAUGUUGAAGAUUAUUGCUGAAUUUUUUGGAGGGGAAUCAAACUUCUCCACAGUUUGGCAGGAAAUUCGAAACGCGCACACUUGGAUGAAAGUGUCUUUACCUCUCCUUGCUCAAUUCGAUGAAGCAAUCAAAGAUCUCGAUCUUGCUCUCACCAGCCGCAUCUUUGCCUCUUUCACAGAUAUCGCGAAAGAAUACCCGCAGCUUGGUUCUGCAGAUGAGGUCAUCAAGGCGGACGAGGUCAUAAAGGAUAUGCGCAAAAGGAUGCAAGCGCUGAAACUUUUGAAUUGGACGUCCGAGUUGGACGAACACCGAGAUUCUUCCAUUGCAGGAGUUUCAGAACUUAGCGAUGAUCAAAAAAGUGAGCUUAAAGGGAUGCUUGAUGAGUUCUGUGGGUUGUACGAGGCCGACCAAGCCGUUGAAUUUUCAAGAAUGUUCAAAGAGGCCUUCGGGGAGUAUUCCGGGUGGUGUGAGGAUGAUCCGUCUAGCAACCUCCCCAGUAUACUUCCUCCAGAAUCCUAG